GCGCAUUUUAUUCAGAUUUAUCAGACAAAAGAAUUAUUUGUUUCUCUUUGGACUAAGUUAUCGCGAUGAAGACUUUGAUUGCUGCCAUUUUAGUUUGCUUUGUUGUGUUGCAAAUUGAAUUAGGAAAAACAGAGGAAUAUGGAAAACCCAUCCCAUACAGUUUCGGAUAUUCCAUUGAUGACGUGCAUGGUAAACAGCAUAGGAUGGAGAAGGGUGACGGAUUGGGAAGAGUUGAAGGAAGUUAUGGAUUUGUAGAUGAGAGGGGUAUCCACAGGAUUGUCCAUUACGUAGCUGACCAUCUCGGUUUCAGGGCCAAGAUCGUCACUAAUGAGCCCGGAACAGCCAAUCAGAACCCCGCUGCCGUUCUCAUGGAGUCUUCACACUAAGCCAUUCACCACAUGAAAUAAGAAGAAACGAAAUGCCAAUGAUGAU